UAAGAGCACUGUGUACUGCGCGCGUCCUUGGAGCAACGCCAUCAGUGCGGUAUCACUGACACCAUCAGCGUCACACACAGACAGGAGCGAUCAUGUCGAGGUCUUUCUACGUAGACUCUUUGAUUAUCAAGGAUCCCGCUCGCCCGGUUCUCAGCGAGCACGCGGGGCAGGACUUUCUCAUCCCCAUUGGCAUGCACUCUCCCGGAGUGAUGAGCGUCACUGCGCCCGUUUGCCCGUCCCGGAAGACCGGCACUUUCUGCGUCUGUCCGCUGUGCGUAACCUCGCAUAUCCACUCUCCCCGCGCCGGGAUCCCGCUGCUGAAGGGACAGGGCUUCUCCGCCGGUGACGCGGCUUUCUGUCAGAGGGUAGCACAUCAACAGAGCUCCGCGUUAGCGCACCCGGGACACGGACACCCGCCCACAAGCUACAGCGUCACUGACCCUCGGAGGUACCACUGUUUGUCUCUAGGUGCGUCCGACAACGGCCACAUACAGAACGGCAAGCGGAUGCGCACCGCCUUCACCAGCACCCAGCUGCUCGAGUUGGAGCGCGAGUUCUCGUCUAACAUGUACCUCUCCCGCUUGCGCAGGAUCGAAAUAGCCACGUAUUUAAACCUCUCGGAGAAACAGGUGAAAAUAUGGUUUCAGAACCGCCGCGUUAAACACAAGAAAGAAGGCAAAGGCGCGCAACGCAGCGCGCACGCGGGGUGCAAAUGCUCGGGCGGUCACUCACACUACCCGCGCUCGGAGGACGAAGAAUCUCUGUCACCUGUGUCAGCAACAGAGGAGAAGGAGACAUCACCUAUUUAGGGGCGUCUCGAACACCACAGACUUACGUUUGGUACCCUGCAUGGCACAUAUAAACGUACGGAUCCGUUAAAACGAUUGACUUAACGGGACGCUGUCUUCCAUAUUUCCAUAACCAGAAGGGUAUGGAAGUUUAGCUACUAUACCAAUUCCUCCCUCGUUCCUCUUAAAGUAUUGUUUUACCCCGACACUUGAGUGUUAUCUGUCUUAUCCGUAUACUACAAACUGUGAAAUGAUAAUUCAGUGAUGCAAGUAAAAUGUGUUUUUUUGCAGUUGAGGUGAAAACGUUUUUGAAACGACCACGGAUGAUCCACGAUGUCUUCCUUGCUCUUUGAAGAAUAAAUGUUGGAUAUAUAGAGAAGAUAAAAGGCUCCCUGUGUGAUACUGUAAAUACGCAGACUGUUAAUCCGACCUGUCCUAGACUACUGAGAAACUGUGAUUUUUUUUUCACCUGAAUUUUAUGUGCAUAUUAAAGAAAACGUGUAUAUUUGUAUUUAUUUAAAUAAAAUGACUUCUGUAACUACA